CACUGUAAGCACGGAUAGAGUUAGAACGGGGAUCUCUUUGUUACCUAAAGCUCCUAACUUCCCUCUUCCCUCCUUCUCUCUACUGGAACUAACACUCCAUACUCACUGAAUAGCAAAGACUUGUGAAGAGAGAUGUAUUUCCAAAGGAUGAGCUGGACACAGUCCAUUACAUUGUUCACACUUGCUAUCUGCAUGGUCCUAACUGGUGCUCAGCAUGAACCUGGAUAUUGUUCGUUUUAUGAGGACUGCGGGCUCAACCCUGCUGUGGAGGGGGCUCUUAUUCCCCCAAGGGUACCCUGUAAAGACUACAGAAAAGCAGUGAAUGUAACAGGAGACCACUACCAACUUUUGAAAAGUGUGUGCCCAAUGUUGGCCAAUGGUGAUGGUGAAACUUUAGCCUGCUGCUCCAUUAGACAGCUCACUUCUCUACAGAGCAGCCUGACACUCUCUAAAGCCGUGCUGAUCCGCUGCCCAUCCUGUGCCGACAACUUUGCACAUCUUCACUGUGCCACCACCUGCAGUUCCAAUCAAAGUCAGUUAUUAAAAAUCACCAAAACAGCCAACAUAACACAAACCAAUGGUGUGGAUAAGGAAGCUGUGGUUGGUUAUGAGGCCUACAUAGCCACCAGCUUCUCAGAUGCAUCUUUUAGGUCCUGCAAAAAUGUACGAAUCCCAGCCACAGGAGGGUUUGCGAUUUCCACUAUGUGCGGUCGCUACGGUUCAACACUGUGUACGCCGCAACGCUGGUAUGAUUUCCAGGGUGACUCCAGCAAUGGACUGGCUCCCCUGGAUAUUAAUUUCAGGCUCUUACCAGAGGGUCAGACCGCUGGGCUUCCACCAGGAACGUUUCCGUUUGCUGGAAGGGCAUUGAAUUGUAAUGAGACCACGCCCACAGGUGGUGAAGCUUGUUCUUGUCAGGACUGUGAGCAAUCCUGCCCAGCUGUACCACAGCCAGCACCUUUACCAGAACCAUUCACAAUUGGUAAUCUAGAUGGUGUGCUUGUCAUCUGCCUUAUAGUCUUCUCUGUCAUCUUUUUGGUCUUUAUUUGUUACUUGAUGUUCAAGAGCAUUACUCAGCACCUCAAGUCGAAGGACUCCGGGAAGGGCAAGAGUGUCAAGGACCAAAAUGGAAAUGAGAUUGACCAUAAAAUCAAUCCCAAAGAUGUUACAUGCUCUGACAAAGCCAGUCUUGCUACUCAGGAAUUCCUGGGUUCACUUUUCCAGACCUGGGGAACCAUAAUGGCACGCCAUCCUCUGAAAGUGCUCCUGGUCUGCCUUGUGGUUGUGUUGGCAUUUGCAGUGGGAAUAAUUAACAUAGAACUGACCACGGAUCCUGUCCAGCUCUGGUCAGCUCCCAACAGCCGUGCAAGACGUGAGAAGGACUUCCAUGAUGCAAAUUUUGAUCCAUUUUACCGCACCAAUCAGCUGAUCCUGACUGCUCCGAACCGACCCAGUCACUACUACGACUCUUUACUCUUUGGCGAGCAGAACUUCAGUGGCAUCAUCUCUAAAGAUAUGAUCAUCGAGCUGUUGGAGCUUCAGCAGAGAAUCCAGGCAAUUGAAUUCUGGUCAGAUGAACUAAACCACACUGCAAGCCUUAAGGAUAUUUGCUAUGCCCCACUUAAUCCAGACAACCCCUCUUUAACAGACUGUGCUGUCAACAGUCUACCACAGUACUUCCAAAACAGUUUGGAAAACCUGAAUGCCAAAGCAAACAUGACCGAGCUUGGUGUGACUAAGGAGGUUGAUUGGAGAGACCACUUCAUCUACUGCGUAAACUCUCCAUUGUCAUUUAAAGACAUCACAGCUCUUGGCAUGAGUUGUAUGGCAGACUAUGGAGGCCCUGUCUUCCCCUUCCUGGCUGUGGGAGGACAUGAGGAUGAGGACUACACCACAGCUGAGGCUUUGCUCCUUACCUUCUCCCUGAACAAUUAUGCACGAUCCGACAUAAAAUUUAAGCUGGUUGAAGAAUGGGAAAGCAGAUUUCUUGAAAUUGUCCAGGAGUAUCAAAAAAACCCAAACACAAACUUCACAUUUGCCUACAUGGCUGAGAGGUCAUUGGAAGAUGAGAUUAACAGAACCACUGCAGAGGAUAUCCCCAUAUUCAUGAUCAGUUAUGCUGUCAUCUUCCUCUACAUAGCAGUGGCCCUUGGGGAAUAUUCAUCCUGCAAACGUAUCUUGGUAGACUCAAAGUUCCUGGUUGGACUGGGUGGUAUUCUGGUCGUUGGAUGCUCUGUCCUGGCUUCAAUGGGCUUCUAUGCCUGGAUUGGGGUCCCAUCCUCACUGGUCAUUCUACAGGUGGUGCCCUUCCUUGUACUUGCUGUGGGAGCUGACAACAUCUUCAUUUUUGUACUGGAGUAUCAGAGAGAUAUGCGCAGACCAGGAGAGAAGAGGGAGGAACAUAUCGGGAGAGUACUUGGAAACGUGGCUCCCAGCAUGCUGCUUUGCAGUUUGUCUGAAUCUGUUUGCUUCUUUCUGGGUGCUUUGAGCACUAUGCCUGCAGUGAAGUCAUUUGCCCUGUAUGCAGCAUUAGCUGUGCUCAUGGACUUCAUUCUACAGAUGACUGCCUUUGUGGCUCUGCUCUCUCUUGAUGCCCAGAGACAGGAUGCAAACCGUUGUGAGAUAGCUUGCUGUGUUACUGUGAAAACCCCACACCCAUCCAAACCUAACCAGGGCUUCUUGCUCCCUUUAAUGAAAAAAUACUAUGCGCCUGCACUGCUUAACCCUGUCAUCAGGAUAAUAGUGAUGGUGGUGUUCCUUGCAAUGUUCUUUGCCUCUAUUUUCCUCUUGUUCCAUGUGAAAGUGGGUUUGGAUCAGGAACUGGCUAUGCCAUCUGACUCCUACAUGUUGGACUACUUCGCAUACCUUUAUAAGUAUUUUGAGGUUGGUGUGCCCACAUAUUUUAUCACGACCAAAGGGUUCAACUUCAACAGCUUGGAGGGCAUAAACGCAGUGUGUUCUAGUGUGGGGUGUGACCAGUUCUCUCUUACCCAGAAGAUCAGAUACGCCACUGAGUAUCCUGAACGAUCUUACAUGGCUAUCCCAGCAGCCUCCUGGGUGGAUGACUUCGUUGACUGGCUGAACCCUGGAUCCAAAUGUUGUCGUCUCUAUACCACUGGCCCAAACACAGGACAAUUUUGUGCCGCAAAUGAGAGUGCCAUUAUGUGUACAAAGAAGUGUAUGCGUACACCCCAAAAUGGAGUUCUGCGGCCAAAUGUUGAGGAGUUUAACAGGUUCCUGCCAGACUUCCUCAGCAACAGACCUGACCUGCAGUGUCCAAAAGGUGGCUUGGGAGCUUAUGACAAAGCAGUGGUUAGGGACAAAAACACUGGAGAAAUAAUAGCUACUCGGUACAUGGCCUACCACACUCCUCUGGUUAACUCUCAGGAAUUCACUGGAGCCUUGGAAAAGGCAAGAGAACUGGCCCACAACAUCACGCUGACCAUGAGGAAAAUCCCUGGCACCUCUCCUGACUUUGAGGUCUUCCCUUAUACUGUGACAUACGUGUAUUAUGAACAGUACCUGACCAUCGUAAAUGAGGGUCUGUUCAACAUUGGCUUGUGUCUGAUGCCCACAUUCGUUGUGUGUUGUAUCCUGCUUGGCAUGGACUUGAAAUCAGGCUUUCUAAACCUGCUCACCAUAGUCAUGAUCACUGUGGACACGGUUGGCGUAAUGACAUUGUGGGGGAUCGACUUCAAUGCCGUGUCACUUAUCAACCUUGUGACGGCUGUUGGCAUAUCAGUGGAGUUUGUAUCUCAUAUAACACGCUCAUUUGCUCUCAGUAUUCAUCCCACAAAGGUAGAAAGAGCAAAGGAGGCCACAGCUAACAUGGGCAGUGCGGUGUUUGCUGGUGUUGCAAUGACCAACCUACCUGGAAUUGUGGUGUUGGCGUUUGCUAAGGCCCAGCUCAUUCAGAUCUUUUUCUUCAGGCUCAAUCUGGUUAUUACUCUGCUAGGCAUGGCACAUGGCCUCAUAUUUCUACCUGUGCUGCUAAGUUUCUUCGGGCCAGGUGUGAACAAGGCAGUUCUGCUGCAGAUGCAAGAAAAGAAGGCAAAGGUUAUGGAACUCCACAGCAAAGCCACAUAUGACAACAUUAUCUUUGAAAACAAUGAAAAUUCCCACAACAUCGAGCCCAUAUCUUCAUCAAAGAGUGACAUUAACCCCAACAACAACAGCCAAGAACAGCCUGAAAUGGAAAUUUACAUUUUUUAGCCCAAGACAUCUCAUGAACUGCUCUUCUUAUUUUCAUUGACUUAGAAGUCCUAUGAAGAAUACAUAGAAUUCUUCCUCUGAAUAAAGGGACCGUCUGCCAUUAUUUGCACUAAAGCAGUUGAGCAUCUGGGGGAAAAACAACCAACAGAGAAAUGGGAAAAUAAUACAUAUACAGUCAUAAAGCACUGUCCAUCGCCUUCUGAAGAACUCUGUGUUCACAGACAACACUCAGCAUACCACUUAAGUGUUUUAGAUUGUCGAUCUUUCAUCAUCUUUGCUGGUGAAUAUCUUGCUCAGUUCACACCUAAGACUAAGUUCUAAUCAAGAAAAUGACCAAUGAGGAGUUAAAUUUUACUCUUUUAGAAACAAGAAGUUUAGUUUAGGACUAUAUAACUUUUUUUACUCAAUUGUGUACGUUAAAUGUCUUAUUUAAUUUUGUUGUUGUUUACAUUUAAAAUUGUCAUUUUCGUGUGAUGUUAAUUGCUCAGAAUAGGAACACUGUAUGCUUUGAAAGGAGGAAAACAACUCUAGUAACACUCCAGUAUAAAGAGCAUAAUGUCUGCUCUUGUAUUAUAAGGAUUACUGUAAUGAUAUUAAAUGCACUGUGUGUAUUUGUACAUUCUG